AUGGAGAGGAAGGACAGUGAAAGCUCAGACAAUGGACUUCUGAAGAGAAAAUCGUCUCUCCCGCCGGGAAAACUUCGAAGCGGAGUCAGCAAGGCAAGAGGAAGGAUCGUCAGCUGUCAACUGCCAGGACCUCGAUUCCCAGGAUUCGGUGGACUUGGAUCUUCCGGAGAGGAAACGACAACUUUUCGAAAUAUUCCAUCUUUAAAAAAAUUUAUUUUUUGA